AUGUUCCAUGGUGAUCAUAUGUUGAAAAUUCCGUACAUAAAUAUUCAUCUUGAACCUGAGGUAAGGAGGUGGUACUUCGAAUCCCCGCAAAUACCAAGAAUGGUAACUUACUCAUUGCGUAACGACACAACGUGGCCCACAUACAACUACCAGUUUUGUUACUGGACACAGGGCCACGACAGGGGGAGUAUCAUAGCCCAGUCACGACACUCAGUACUUGAAUACCACGACUCGGACGCAGCCGUAAUAUCUGGAGAGUCAACUUGCUGGCCAGCCUCUCACAAGACUGUCACAGACUCACAGUAUGUGACAACAGAGAGCACGGCAGAGACGGAUGACGACUCUGUUUUCCCUUUGACACCUGAUUCUAAACGCACAGGCAGCAUUCAGCGUAUCGUUGAUACCUCUGCUAGGGCUGCGUCGCCGACUUCAAGUCACCAUGAUGAUUUACCGGAAACCAUAGGGAGCAAGACCGAAGAUAUUGGAGAUAUAUUCUUGCAGCAUUUAGAGACUCUUGGCCCUCACAUUUUCCGCCUUGUCGUGCACUACAAGGAGGCUGUUCGCGAACGCCAACGCAUGCGCCUCUAUACCACAUACUGGGAAGCCGAGGAAAAUACCAGACGUGGCACCCUCCUUCAUCUUCUCUACCAGGACGCGCAAAAUGAGUUUGUUCGAUCGGAACAACAAUCGCAAACAUUACUGAACAUGGCUCUUGAGAAGCAUUCACCGGCUGCUAUUGCCUCAGAUACCAAAUUCCUCGCUGCAGUCUGCGACCGCAACAAGGCAUCUCUCCAUUGGACUGACACUCAACUUGAUGUUAUAAAGGAUCAUAUCAAUAGGUCCCAGUUGUUCAGGUCGUCUGUUGAUGGUGACUCAGUCCAGAAGUCGGAUGCUGCCUGA